CGUGCAGCUUGUCGGCUGCUAACAUAAAAGACUGGGAGUUUAGGCAGGCAGGUAGUGUUUGACUGAGUUGUGUCAUCGGUAUUUGCCGUGUUUAUAUGAAAUCAUAAUUUUGCUAUAGAUUCAGGAUGUCUACAAACGGAAAUGCUAAUGGUCACAGUCACGGUGAAGCAGACGUUUUGCAGUGGAAAGUUGGAUUGAUUAAUGGUGCGAAGUAUUUGACAGCGGAGACAUUUGGAUUUAAAGUCAAUGCAUCGGGAGCGGGUCUGAAGAAACGGCAAACUUGGAUACUAGAACAAGACACAAAGGAUGAGGUAGUUUACAUUAGGAGUCAUUUGGGACGUUAUAUAUCAACGGAUAAAUAUGGAAAAGUUACAUGUGAGAAAGAAGCUGACGAGCGUGAAGAGACUGAACGCUUUGUCGUUGAGUAUGCCAAGGAUGGAAGCGGUCGAUGGGCAUUCAAAAAUCGUAAGGAAGGGAAUUAUUUAGGGAGAACCGGUGAAGAUGUGCAGUGUUUCUCUAAGACCGUCACAGACACUGAGUUGUGGGUUGUCCAAUUGGCAAUUCACCCCCAAGUCAACCUCCGUAACGUCAAUCGUAAACGUUAUGCUGUGCUCUGCGACGACGAAAUCCAGUGCAAAGAAAACGUUCCAUGGGGUGAAGCUGGACUUAUCAUUCUGCAUUUUCACGAAGGAAAAUAUUCUCUGAAAACCUGCGACAAUAGAUUCUUGCAUAGAGAUGGCAGUCUGGUCAGUGAGCUUGAGAAUGAUGCCAAAUUUACGCUAGAAAUCAGGUCGGGUGCUGCCUGCGGCCUUGCCUUCAAAGACUGUAAGGGAUAUUAUCUAACGGCUGUUGGAUCCACUGCAACCAUGAAAGGGGGCAAAAAUAAGGCAGUUGGAAAAGAUGAAUUAUUCACUCUUGAAGAUAGUCACCCACAAGUUGCCCUCAUGAGCACAAACAAUAAGAAAUUUGUAUCAGUCAAACAAGGUGUUGAUCUGUCAGCCAAUCAGGCAGAGUUUUGUGAAAAGUCGACAUUCCAGAUGGAAUUUGACAAACCCAGUCAAAAGUGGUCCUUCAGAACAACUGCAGACAACAACAAGUACUGGGCCCUGGAGUCUUUUGGGGGAAUCCAAGCUACUUGUAUGACUGUGUGCAAUAAGUCCUUGUUUGGUGUGGAGUUCAUUGGGGAUGGAACCAUAAUUAUCACUGCAGAUAAUGGUAACUGCUUGUACAACAAACAGACUGGAAGCAUCUUAGCCAAUGUGGAAAACCCAGAAUCCGCCACACGCUUCACACUCCGCAUGAUCAACAGGCCUUUCCUUAUCCUCAAGUGUGAUUUUGGAUUUGUGGAUUUAAAGUCCCCGACAGCUGCAAAACCAGAAUUAGUCUGCAGCAAGACAACUUACGCAGUCACCUUCUUGGAACCCCUGGAUGAUGGGCAAUAUUAUCUGAAAGCUUUGAACAACAAAUACUGGAUUGUAGCUGAUGACAAUUCUUUGCUCGCUGACUCUGACACUGGAACCUGCCCCUUCUUAAUAGAGUUCCGAGGACAGUCUCUCAUCUCCAUCAAGGCCCCUAACGGAAAGUACCUGAAGGGAGAACAAAACAGUUUUGUUGCCAAAGGAGAGGAAAUUGAUUCCUCCACUCUGUGGGAGUACUAGCUCAAACAGUGGGAGUACUAGCUCAAACAGUGGGGGAAGGACAGGCAGCCAGCUGGCUAACUGACUGACCCACAAGCCUGUGUGGACCACAACCAAACUGUGCUUUCAUGUAUAAUGAUGAUGUAAAGAUCGCUGGCUGGGACCAAUAUUCAACAUUCAGCCACUUUUCUACUAUAUAUUUGUUGCCAGUGUUACAACAGUAAUGUUAUAAAGGUAACUGGGCAGAUUUCAAAUGCCAAUCAUUAAUCAGCGGAUUUAUGUACAGAUGAAGUUUCCAUGUUUUCCCUUUUUGGGCGAUAUGUAUUUCCAUCAUUUUUGUACUUGAGAAGAUACACUAUUGCCAACAGUUGCCAGCUUCUCUCAUAAAAUGUUUUCAUCAACAUGCAUGGUGCUCCAUUUCCAUGUUGAUACCAUGUGGAUUCAUGCUCCAACCCUUUCCACACGGAAACAGAUGAAGAAUUAUUUUAUUAGCAUAUGUAUUUACAUUUAGUGGACCAGUAAUAUUUUCAGCAUUAUGUCACUAAAUUGUACCAAAAUUUUCAACGAACAAGUUAUCUUCCUAUGCACAUAACCCAAACCAUUUCUGAUCUCCUGUUAAAAGUUGCAUAUAUGUUACAUGUUCUUCAUCCUUCCAUUACACAUUGAGAUUAGCCGGAGCAGUUGAAUAGCAACCUAUGCCCUUGACAUAUCAACAGUAGUCUUCAGUCUUCAGCUUUACCCUGAAGAAAUCAAACUGUUAACUCAAACUGUAAACUAUGUAUUCUACUGUCCAAAUAUGUUGUUAGAGAUUUAGCUUGCUACUGUUACAUGUUUCUAAUUCUGGAAGAUUAAUAUAUGUUACAAAGGUAUUUGUAAUUGUUCCAUGCUCGUUGCUCACAUAUUUGGGACUGGUCAAAGACUUGUGUUUGUUGUAACAAUGUUGUUACUGAAUUGAAUAGAGGAAAAGAAGAUAAGGAUAUCUUUGACAGUGAUGUUAAUGGGCUGAACUAUGAUAGAUCUGAGAAGUCUGUUACUGGAACUACUUUGGGAUUAUGAGGAGUGUUCUCAAGUCUAUGGGCAAAUAAUUUGUCCAGAGGUUCAAAUGUGCUUUGGAUGGACCACGAGUCAGUCUCCAAGUUUAAGUAGAUUCAUCUCUUUCAGUUCCUGUUCUCCCUGCAUGAAUGUGAUAUGCGAAUGAUGUAUGCUGCUUCACUCCUCCACGGAGAGUGUAUUGCGAGUACAUGAUAUGUACUCUUCUAUAUACAGUGGAUGACAGACCGAUGCUCAGAUAGCGCCUCUUUGUGCAAUGCUGUUAUAACCACGAUCAGUGCUUUGAUAUGGACCUGUAUGUAUGCAACUGUUCAGUCAAUAAAGCGCUUGAAAAUUCA